AUGAAUUGGACUCCUUUUGCAAAUUGGGUUCCCAAUUGGAAUGAGCUUUUGACUGUUCUUGGAGUUGGGUUCCCAGUAGGAAUGGGCUGGCGAUUCCUUCUUGACCUAGGAUGCCUAACUUGUGUAAAUGCAGGGCUUCUUUUCACUCUCCUUCACAUCGCAAACUUAACUUCUCUACUUUCUAGCUUGAGAGAGAUCUUGGAGAAUUUGUACUCUUGUCGAAGAGAGGAGUCGCCGUGCAUCCCAAGGCCAAUUGGGGGAUCUGGUGGACUCCCCUUCAAAAAGGAAGGUUGA